ACCGCGAGCGCCGGCGGCGGCGGAGGGGGGAGAGACCCGGGUCAGGCCGGGGCCGCGCAGCGCUACCGGGAACCGGGGCCGCCGCGCUCCGCUCCGGUUCCCGGCUUCCGGCCGGGCCGAGCGGGGCCGAGCUGAGCUGAAGAGAGGCGGGCACCGGCGAUAUAACCGGCGGGGCGAGCGCGGGGGCCGCACGCCGACCCCCGCCGCGGGGCUCCAGGGAUCCGGGAGCGGCGGGCGGCCGUCGGGGAUGUCCUACAAGCCCAUCGCUCCCGCCCCCGCUACCCCCGGAGCUGCCAGCGCCAGCCCCGCCCCGCCGGGGCCUGGGGCACCUUCCGCCGCCACGAGUGUCCCGUCGCCCUCCGGUUCCGUCCCUGGCGCCGCCGCCCCUUUCCGGCCGCUCUUCAAUGACUUCGGGCCGCCGUCCAUGGGCUACGUGCAGGCCAUGAAGCCCCCCGGGGCGCAGGGCUCGCAGAGCACCUACACCGACCUGCUCUCGGUCAUCGAGGAGAUGGGGAAGGAGAUCCGGCCCACCUACGCCGGCAGCAAGAGCGCCAUGGAGCGGCUGAAGCGGGGGAUCAUCCACGCCCGGGCGCUGGUCAGGGAGUGCCUGGCAGAGACAGAGCGAAACGCCCGCACGUAACGGCAGCUGCCACCCGGGACCCCCCGGGACCUCCCGGUGGUGGCGGCGGGGGCGGGGGGGCCGCCGUGCUGCCCGAGCCCCCCCUCCCCGCGCUCUCCGCUCUUUAUAAAUGCGUGUUUUUAUAAAUAAAGGACAAUGUUGGGA